GUGAGCCCAAGAUGGCUGCCCGGCGGCUGCAGUGAGGGGGAAGUGACGGUUCUUCGCCCAGGCGCGGGUCAGAGGGAAGGGCAGAGUCCGGCAAGGGUCGGCUGCGGCUCGGUCCUGGCGCCCACGCCGCCCGGGUUUUGAGGGAGGUCGGAGGGAAGGCCCCGUUUCCCGGGCAGGGAUUGUGGGGGAGGCUGGUGGCUCGUACGGGGCAGGGGGCAAGAGUCAGAUCCAUAGGGGUGGGGGAGGGGGGACCCCCAAAUGAAGGGACUGACCUCCCCUCAGACCCAUUUGGAGAAAGGGGCUGAUUCCCCCCUUCCAGGUUUAGGGCAGGUAGCUCCCUCAAAUAGGGAGGUCAAGGGGACAAUAUAGCUGUCAAGCGACUUCCUAGACAGGUAAAUCAGGUGGGGGGUGGGAAUAGAUAUUCUAUUAAUAGGUUCUGCAUUAGUUGGGGGUGGGAGAAGAACGCCUUCCCCCUCAUCUUCCACCUCCAGCACUGGGUGCUGGGUGACUGAGACAGGGGGGAGUGAACUGCUUCUUUUCAUUCAUGCCCCGUCGCCGCCCCUACCUGGAAACAUGAUCAGCGCCCCGGAUGUGGUGGCAUUUACCAAAGAGGACGAGGAGGAGGAGGAAGCCUACAUUGACCCGCCAUUGCCCGAGGAGUACUCGGUUCCGCUCUUCCCUUUUGCCAGCCAUGGGGCCAACCCCUGGUCCAAACUCUCCGGCGCCAAGUUCAACCGGGACUUCAUCCUCAUCUCGGAGUUCUCAGAGCAAGUCGGGCCCCAGCCGUUGCUCACCGUCCCCGACGACGCCAAAGUUUCCGGCACCUUCGAUCUCAACUAUUUUUCCCUUCGCAUCAUGUCGGUGGAUUAUCAAGCAUCUUUUGUCGGACACCCACCUGGGUGCCCUUACCCAAAGCUGAACUUUGUAGAAGAUUCAAAAGUAGUGCUGGGAGAUUCCAAGGAAGGCGCUUUCGCGUACGUGCACCACCUGACGCUCUAUGACCUUGAAGCGAGGGGUUUUGUCCGCCCUUUCUGUAUGGCCUACAUUUCUGCCGAUGAGCACAAAAUCAUGCAGAUGUUUCAAGAGCUCUCCGUGGAAUUCUCAAAAGCCUCGGAGUGCUUAAAGACUGGCAACCGGAAAGCCUUUGCAAACGAACUGGAGAAGAAAUUGAAAGACCUCAACUAUACUCGAACUGUGCUUCACAACGAAACAGAGAUCCAGAAGAAAAACAAUGAGAAAGGGUACUAUACCACACAGGCCAUUGAGAAAGCCAAUGAACUGGCCAGCGUCGAGAAAUCAAUCAUAGAGCAUCAGGACUUGCUCAAACAGAUCAGAUCCUAUCCUUACAGUAAGCUGAAAGAUUCUGAUUUUCAUCCCUAUGAGCCAGAGAAUGUGGUGGAACCAGCAGAAGACAGCUUGGAACAGGGAUUUACUACCUCGAAACCUGAUGAAAUUGGUGAGACGAACCUGUAUCCACGGCGCUCUUCUUACACCCCAAAACUUAUCAAGGCAAAAUCCACCAAGUGCUUCGACAAGAAACUCAAAACCCUUCAGGAACUGUGCGACGUGUAUUUUUUCACCCAGACGCUAGACCAGCUGCAUCAGAUUGAGAAGACAUUCAGAGGUGACGUUUGCUAUCUCCUCACCAACCAGAUCAGCCGAGCACUUUUGAGACAACAAAAAAUUACCAACUUCCUUUUUGAGGAGACCUUCGCUGUUGAGGACAGACCGCCUGAGAAGCAGUUAAAUGCCUUUCCAGGAUCUCCCCUAGAUUCGUCUGACACCAAAUACUUGGAAUUCUGUCCUGUUCCAAAAACAUUAAUUAGCUUGACAGCUUACAAAUCCAGUGUUGAGUCUGUUCCCAUUAAGAUGGACCAGGAACUCAAAGACGCUCCAGGCACGGAGGUCAGUGAGCCGAUCACUUAUAGCCACCAAGACAAUCUUGGGUACCUUGAUGCAGACCUCAAAGGAAGCGUCAGUAGUGGUGAAAGCAUUGAGGUUUUGGGAACAGAAAAGUCUGCAGCUGCCCUUGCUCAGUCUGAGAGCCAAGCCAGCUUUCUGCAACCACACCCUAGUCCUCAGGCAGCAAGGAGCAAAGCCGUCAGUGGGCGGACCAUCAGCGAAGACAGCAUCGAGGUCCUCAGCACCUGCCCCUCGGAAGCGCUCAUUCCUGAUGAUUUUAAAGCGAGCUACCCAAGUGCCAUUAACGAAGAGCCUUAUGCUGAUGAAGAAGAGGAAGGUCUUCACUUCAGCCCCGGUUUAAACCUGGACUGUGCUGAAGAGGUGGGAGGCGAACCUGAAAACCUGCUCCCCGCAGACUCCACCUGCUGCAUCGGGAAAGAGAGCCCCAGCUUUCUGGAACCGUUGCCCAGCCUGGCCCCCAAGCUUUGCGGCGACGAUGGUGUCGUCAGCAUCCCACCCCGUCCCUACCGGCAGGCAGACCAGGAAUUCCGCGUGAACUUUACAGACUAUUCUUCCCACGACGGCGUCUUGGGAGGCCUGCUGACGUACGAACUGGAUCCACAUUAUCUCAUGAGCAGUCGAGAGACGAGUAAGAUAAGCCUGGAUAAGUGUUCAGACUCAACCGUGAGCUACAUGAGCAGCGCGGGGUCUACCAGUUCGGACAGGACACCCUCCCCCGCUCCCCUGGCCGGCCCGUCAGGAGAACGGCACAAGAAGAAAGCCGGCCAGAACGCACUCCGGUUCAUCCGGCAGUAUCCCUUCGCUCACCCAGCCAUAUAUUCUCUGCUGAGCGGCAGGACGCUGAUCAUACUGGGGGAAGACAAAGGGGCCGUGGAGAAGCUUGUCACGGCCCUCUCCAUCUUUGUCCCCAGUUGCGGGGCGGACGCCAAGCCUGUGAAGCACUGGACCACCACCCCUUUGCACAUCACGGAUUUUCAGAAGUGGAAGCUGAUUGGAUUACAAAGGAUGUCUUCUCCGGCUGGCCUCAACGCGCUGCACUCCCUCAGCCGGUACAUCCGCUACAUCAGCAUCCUGGAUGCAGACAGCAAGACCCUGCGCUGCCCCCAGUACCGGGGAGGCCUGAUCCCCCGGCUGGCCGACCACCGCACGCAGAUCAAACGGGGGAGCACUUACUACAUGCACGUCCAGACAGUCCUCACCCAACUUUGCUCCAAGGCCUUCCUGUACACCUUUUGUCACCACCUGCACCUCCCGAUCCGGGAGGGGGAGACGGAGGAGUCUGUGGCCGUCCGGCGGCAGAACUUCCUGAAAGGCCACCUGGGGCUGGCCAACGAGGACGGCAGAGUGGUACAGUACCUCGCCGAGCUUCUCAAACUCCAGUACCUUCAGGAUCCCGUCCGGGGGGUCAACCUGGUGCUCAGGUUCGAUUACGUGCCCAGCGCUCUGUACAAAAUUUAAGCCCCUUCGGCCUCUGGCUCAGCAUUCAUCUCUGCUCAGCCACAGCCCCUUGCCGGCUUCCACCCUCUUCCGGUGUCAACGUCGUCUGCAUGGUGGCAUAGAAGGAACCACGCGAGGGGUCCUGAGAACGGGCAAAACCCUCCUUGCUCCAGCCAGCCUCUGACAGCAUCAGUCACCCUUUUCGUCUCCUCUUCUUCUUUUUUUUAAUUUAAGGAAAGGAUAUUGUCAGCUUCUAAAUCACUGUUUGAUGGAACCGUUCUGUCUUGUGUCUGAGAGGGGGGAAUUGUUCCUUUACGGAGCAGGAGCUGGGUAGCAGUUGGGAGGAGGCCGAUGGGGGGAGUGAUAAUUGGAGGAAGGGGCUGUGGUUGCAUUUUUUGAAACGGAAAGCAAGUCGCAAAAACCUCUUGCCUUCAAAAGCCUAGCAAACUUGAUUGGCAAAGGAAGUGAACGGGUGGAAAAGGGAAAUUUACAGUCUCAGCAGGUAAGAAUUUGGCUGCCCAAAUGUAAUGCAGCAGAAAUCCCUUUCUGGUUUGCAGGGUCUCCUUUGCAGAGUCACCACUGAGCUAACAUGGCUCAUGGACUCGAGCAUCUGUGGCAGAGGGUUGGGAUGGCAAAGGCCAGAGGUGGGAGGGUUGGAUCUGUGUCCAAAUGUUUGAAAGCACAAAGAGGGCUCUUUUGAUGGCAUGAAUGUAAAGUCCCUCAACCUGAUGGCCUGCUAUUCCCAGAGGGAAACAGGGAACGGCUCACUCUGCUUUGCAGCAUGAGAAACACAGAAAGGGAAAGAAAAUGACAACCAAAGGGUUCUCUGUAACAGCGGGCAAAAUGGCCCUUGCAGUCGCCCCAAAUAACACAAUGCAGAAGGGAGAGGGGAACUCUUAAGGGGGCAAAAUCGUCCAAGUUCUGUUAUGCCCUCAUACUCAGGUGUCGUUGGGAAUGAAUGUUACUGGAGCAAAACCAUGUGUUAUUUGCUUGUGUGUCCUUGCACGCUGUUUUUCUGGAGGCCCGGCUUGGUUACACCCUCUCUGAUGUAGCCAGCCUCGGGUUCCACAUUGCCACCCGCUGCUCCCCCACCACUACACUUUGUUUGCUGCCAAAGCCAAUGCAGCGGUUUUACUACCUCCACCAUACGGUCGCGUGAACUAUGGCUUCCAGGACCGGGGCUCGCUGCCAAGCAGCUACAGUGCACCUUCCCGUGUUCCCGCUCGCCCCUCAGCAGAUGCGGCGCAUUUUCCCAUGCUGGAAACUGUGCUAAAAGCUCCCUGCUCAGCGUUGAUGAAUCUGUGAGGUCCUGUACAGAACCGGUACUCUCGUUUUGUUUUGUCCGAGGAAAACUGGAGAUCGCCGAGGAAGCCACGUCCUACCUGUAUCUGUUUCCUUGGCUACAGCCAGGUGACAUUGGCUGGCUAGUUGGCCCUUUUCAGGAGAGGGAGAAAUGCUGAAGGUUGCCGGCAUGGCUGUAGAAGUGACAGUUUUACAAGAGCACCACCGGACAACCUACAUAUUAUAUUUAUGACCUCUGUUUAAUGCGAUGACGUGAGGCAGAGUUCUGGGAUUUGAAUGUAAAGUUUCUCAGUGUUCCAGAGGAAGCGUCAAGGUGUCAGGGCUGAGCGUUUUGACGAAUCCUCGGAAACUUUUAUGCAAAAACUGCACUAUUAUUUAAUGGAGGAGGAGAAGGGAGAUCUCUCAUUAAAAUGCUGCACUUUUUGAACACCUUCGGGAAGAGCGUUGAACCCACUGCUCUGAUUUGAGCACGAGACGGUCGCAGGGUUCCCAAAGGGAGGUGCCGUCUCUGCAAGGAUCCUGAUCCUAAAAUCAGCGAAGUCUCUCUUGCAAUGGGGGAUGCCGGGGGAGUAGGUGGGGUUAACUUUUUAUUAUGCUCCGGUCCGCUUUUCUGGACUCAGUAGCAUUGGAGCCUAAAGGGCCUGCCAUGUUGAGCGACUCCCCCUUCGCUGCCAUUGCCUGGCUACAUCUCAGAUUCAGUCAAAGAUGCACUGGCUUCCCUUUGUUUACUUCCUGCCUCUGCCCCCUGCUGUUUUUGAUGACAGCCCCAAAACGUGUUCCAGGAAAGAAGCCAGUCUCAAUAACUAUUAACCGGAGCCAAUGGAUAGCGCUGUCUGAAAGCUGAUCCCGAGGGGCAGAACUUGGCGUUGUAGAAAGUGCGCUCAAAACUGGAUCCGUGUGGCCACCCCCAAUAUCUAAGAGUAUUUAUUUCAUGAUAUCCUGCGUGUUUUUUCGUGCUCUGUCUCACAGCCAUCUUCUUGUCAGGCAGGGAAAAGACAGCCUCAUGAGAUCGUGAGGGGCCCAUGGGGGCUUGCCGGGUGUCCAGUAGAGGAUGAGGCUUUGCGGGCAGCGUUUUUGAAAGAAACCCCACACCGUUUGUCUGUCACAGUUGGUCCGAGCCUUUUUUUAAAAACCGUGCUCUCCUGAACUUCCAGCAUGCUGCUUCAUGUCUAGUCAUUUGCUUUCGAGGAUGAGUGGAGAGGGACCUGUUUUCCUGCCUGUGCCUGCGAAAGGGGAGAAGGUCUCCAAAUAGGGGGAAGGGAUUUUUCCCUGGCUUUGCUGACCCAUGAGGCUGCUUUCCAAGAAUAGGAUUGCCCUACUACGCUGGCCUUCCACAUAGAUAUUCCCCCAAAGCCAGGAAUGUAUAAUCUUAUCAGGGCACGGUUGAUGGUGAGGUGGAAAGAAUCCAGCAAGGCCAGUUGGAGUGUUCAGUCUGGGAUUUUACCAGAGUUCUGUUAUUCCGUAGCUGAACAGAGCCCGUUUUGUGUCCGCAGCUAAACCGCCGCCUCAUAGCUGUUCAGCGUGCACACUGUUAUUAGAAAAGGUCUACCAACUGUGGGACUAGAUCUUAAGUCACCUUCUCUUCAGUCUUGUUGUCAGUCUGUUCUUAGUUUGCUGACACAAACAGCCUCAAUGUAAGCCAACAUACGUCCUUCUAAGUCCAGUGACAUCAGUGGACUUAGAAGGGUGUAGUUUUAAGUUUGGAUGGCGCUGUGAACGGCACGUGCUUGAAUACAGACGUGAGCAACUCAUGCGACUCCUGGACAGACCCACCAACUGCAAACUUCAGAAUCCGUCUUGAUAGCUCAUGGGUCUGUUGGGGGUCCAAUCGGGGGCACCUUGGAUUUUUAGAAGACUUCAUGGGGUUUUAGAAACCCAAGUGCAGCUGUCCUUCAGCGAAUGAGCUGUAGAGAGAAGAGAGCAUACCCCCCCCCCAAAAAAACCUCAUGCCCUUCCGUGCAUCUUUUUAAUCAUCCCAGCUUGGGCACGCGGAUUUGUGCCCAGCUUCCUGUCUUUGUUCCGUUGUCCGUCCCAGUGAAACGGUGCUAGUUUUCUCCCGCCCCGUAAAAAAAAAACUGUGAACUUUUCUAACUAUAAGCAUUGCAAGGUGUCUACGAGCAACAACUGCUUGUGCCUUCCUCUUUUAAAAGAGGUGCCGUGUGACAAACCAACCCCGUGGAUUCAGCUACAGACAUCUAGAGGCGGCUGCGGUUCUAUCGGAUGUAGUCAGCAGUUCAGGAGCGCUUUUCACAUCCCGGCUCAGCAUUAAAUGCAGAACUGCGCCUGCACCGAGAAUGCCUGGUUUCCUAUAACCAGAGGGCUCAAGCCAGCUUCACGCUCUGAUUGAAAGCCAGCCGUGGUCAGCUUUAGGCCCAGCGUAGUUGUGGUGGCACACCACGAGAAGUGGGAUCCUCAAAAGGGGAAACGGGACCCAUAAGGCAUUGUCUUUCAGCUGGGUUGAAAACGUUAACAGCUGCGCCAAGCAAAAGAGGUCAGCCGAAUUUCCCCCCAGAAGGAGCUGCUUUUACAGAAUUGAGCAAACAUGCAGUUACGAGGCUUUGGAGUAUAAAAUCGCUGCAAUGAAGGGACACAUCGCGGGCUUGACCUUACUUGCUCCAAUUGGCAACACUCCAGCUCAGACCGUCUUUAGAGGCACAUGAAUCAGGUUCCACUUCGCCCGGCGACCAGAUGCAACGCCAGAACACCGAUCCCUCUUGGGCAUCGGAGAAUUCGCCAGCCCCUUCUCCCGAUACUGCCAUAUCCUGCUGUUCUAUUCUGCCAAUGCCUCACCCUCUCUUGCUCCCAACUAGGUCGGCAGCAGCCUCCAAACCCGCUUCUCUGCCCCAUUACUGCCUUUCCAAACUCUUCCCCCCAGCUGCAUGUUACGAUUGUCAUCCCAACCCGUGUGUCAACCUCACCCUCCGUGUAGGCAAUAGUCUAGGCAAAACAAGACAAAACCGGAGCAAUCAGAACAGCAUGCCUUCUGUACAUUAGCACCGUUUUGUACUUGCACAAGAGCUUAACAGGGAGGGGAAAAUGUUUAAACACCUGACGACUAGAAUGAAAAUGUAUACAUUUAAAACGGGGCGGUGGGGGGAGGGAACGGGACAGAUAUUUAUUCGGGCUGAUAUUUUUUGAAAUAACUUUAAAAAAACUGGUUGUAUUUUUAAAAGCUGAUAUGAUAAUCCUCGGCGUAUAUUGUGGUUACAUUCUUAAUUUUAUUGUGCCUAGUAAAAAUUGUCCUGACUAUACAAA